CUACACAGAAAGUGAUAUGGUAUGGCUGCAGUGUAUAAACCACUCAUUAAAAAGACAAACUUACAUGUGAAAAUUAUGUGGUGCAAAACAGUACAUUGAUCUACAGAGAUGUGGUACAAAGUGAUAGUCAGACAUGCUUCAUCAUAUUUUCGACAAGUGGGGAGUGCAAGCCAAAAUGGCCAAAUGCUUCACCCCUAUAGUAGGAAGUUGAAGUAAAGGUUUGGGGAAGUACACAAAGUUUGUAGAGAAGCAGAGCUCUCCACCUCCAUACAAAUACCAUCAGUUUACUGUGUUGGUGGGGGGAAAUGUCUGUAAGGUGUAUAAUGCAAAAGGUGUCUGUAGUUAACAGAUAGAGGAUUCCCCGGUCACGUGAACCACAUGUUCCAAGGAAUAUAUGAACAUUUUGGCUGAAGACCUGUCUUUGUUUUGUCUUAUACCGUAGAUUGAAGUAACUGUGCUAUCGUUCAACAGACUGUUCACUUGCAGUACUCUUUCCAGUCAUCAUAACUUUCAGUUGCAUGUUACAGGAACUGGACACUAGAAUGAAAAGUCAUGGUCUUGAUGCAAAAUCGUCUCUCAUAGAACAUGCAAUUCACUGUGAUUGAGCAACUAUCUAACCAUGUUAACCACUGAAACUUUUUCAGGCGUUACUUCAACAAGUGGCUCAGUGCAGUUGUCCAUUUCUUGGCUGUGGAACUCCAGAUAAUAGGUCAUAACAAGUUGCUUUCAAUGCACAGGAUGAUGAGCAGGUGCACUUUCUGCAUAAUGUUCUGCAUCUUCUCUCUAUGCUAUUAUGGAGUCUCCUUAGAGUGGCAUGGAAAGGAACUUAAGAGAAGUUACAGUUAUACAGAAGAACUUACUGUCAGUGGUACAGACCUGAAAAUAUGCAAUAACCACAAAAAUAUGUGUGUCAUGGAUAUGGAAGACUGUGCUUCUACACCAUCACAUGGGAAGGACAGUUUUUUGAACACAUCAUGCCGUUAUCAUGUCCUACAGAAAUCAUUUGUUUGCAAAUGGAUUUAUUUAAAUAAUGUCAAAGCCAAAACAACAAACUCAUUUGUUUUCAUUCAACGUGAAGACUUCAAACAUUGUCCUAGCAUUUUUAGCCCAAUUGCUGCCUUUAAUAUGAAUAUAAUAUCAAAGGAUAUCGUCAACAAAGCUAAAUUAAUCUCAGAAGCUUACACAGUAUCCAUCGAAGCAAUAACCCAAGCUCCACGUCCUGUUAUCACAUCAGUGAAUGCAACAUCAGCAACAUCACUAAAUGUAACAUGGACCAAACAUCACUGGCACAGCACGAAAUGUCAAAUCCGUUACAAAUGCUCCACUACAGAACAAUGGACAGUGGUAAAACUUUUACAACAAAAGGAUUUAUUGACUGUCCCUGAGAAAGAAGAAUUAGAGAUUUCGCAUGAAAUUGAUGGCCUGCAGCCUUUUAGCCAGUAUAAUCUUACUGUUGCCUGUAGCGGGGAUUAUGGGCUAUGGAGUGACUGGAGUGAAGAAUUUCAAGGAAUGACAUUCGAGGCUAUUCCCACUGCACCACCUUAUGUCAGUUUUUAUGUUGAGCCUUCUAAUAACAGAUCCAGGCUUCAAAAGCUGAUACUUAUCUGGAGGGCUUUGGAGAUAAAGGAGGCCAGAGGAUACAUUCUUGGAUAUGAGGUGACAUACACACCUACCAAACAGCCAGGUUUGAAGAGAACAAUUUAUACUACGGAUCAGAAAGCUAUCUUAGAAGUGACUGCAGGGGACUAUAACCUGACAGUAAUGGCCCAUAACACUGCUGGAUGGUCUCCUUCAACUAAUCUUCGAAUCAAUGCUGAUGUUUUACAAAGUCUGCCAAAGAUAAAAGGACUCUGGGCCAGCAGUGAAGCAUUUUCACUGAAGAUCCGAUGGGAGACAGCAGCUGUGAAUGUUAGUGAGUUUGCCAUUGAGUGGUUCUCUUUUGGUGAUGUUGCCUCGAAACAAUGGAAAAGACUAAAUGGCUCAACAUUUUCAACAGUUCUGACAGGACAGAUCAAGCCCCUAAAGAACUACAGCAUCAGUGUGUAUUCUCUUUAUGGAACUCUGUGUGCGCCCCCAGAAACGAUUCAAGCCAGUCUAGUGUAUGGAACACUUCUAAACAUUGUUCAGCUGCAACCUGAAAUUGUGACAAAAACAUCAGUGACAGUCCAGUGGGUGUGGAAAAAACAAUCCCCAACCACAAAUGUUCUUCAAUAUAGACUUGUGUUAAGUGGUGCCAAUGAAACAAGAUCAUUAGUGAUUUUCCCAAAUCAGUGGCAGCACACAUUUCACAACCUACAGACAAACGUCAGGUACAUCGUAUCUAUUUAUGGCGAGACUACAUCUGGUCACUUUUUGAAGGCAAACACUGAAUUUAUAAUGCCUUAUCUUGAAACUGAUGAAACAAUAAAAGUUGCUGUUCCAAUAGUACUUCUUAUUGUUAUAUUCAGUAUUUUCUCAGUUCUCUCCAGAACCGUCUAUAAGGACUACUUUUUCCCCAACAUCGCUAACCCUGGGCAUAGUCUUAUUGGACGCUGGCUGCUAAAUCAUCCACAUGAGGAGGCUGUGGUGAAUGUGCUCAAAUUGAAGGAUUUCUCAGAGAAACUGAGAGAGGAUUUCUCAGAGACUGAAAAGAGUCUCAUUCACAUAGAGCCCAAAAUGUCCUUAGAUGGACAGGAUUUUGAUGAAGACAUGACCAUGUCAAAAAUGUCUUUUCCUGAUAACUACCCGAUAGAAAAUUCAGACCAUUUGGAGAAUUCUAUGACUUUACCUGGUUUUAGUGAGUAUGUUGAAAACUAUGAGAUACAACAUUUUUCCCAAGUGAGGCAGCAGUGAUCAUAUCCAAACUAAGCAAAAAAAAGUAAUCAGUAGCUCAGAAACCUAAUAACCAUUUUCACAGUCAUUACUGGACUUUUACAAAAUUAUGUUAGUUUUUAUAUUUACUGUAUAUAGCAUGUCAUAUAUAUUUUAAUCUUACAAUGAUUCCCAUUUCAAUAUGUAUAAUAUUCAUUUGUGGUCAGAUAUCAUUGCUAGUAUGUUGUUAGUAUACUGCAAGAAAUUAUAAUUUUGUUGCAACUAUACUUUCAUUUGAUGCAAUGUGUAUGUAAAGAAUAAAAUGCAACUACGUGUGCAGUGUACAGUUAUCGUUAAAAAAAAUCAGUGACAGGGUGGUUUAAUGCACUUGGAAUGUGCAUCAGUACAAAGUGUUUUUUUAUUUAUUUAUUUAUUUUUAUUCCUAUAUACAGUGGGGGAAGUAUGUAUUGAAUGCGUCAACACUGGAAAUAUAUUUACUGAAAACAAUGAGUAUAUUCACAUGAAAUUUUCACCAGACUUUACUAUUAACUCAAGAAAUCCACACAUAGAAAGAAAUCCAAACAAUAAAGUACAUAAAUGGAGUUAUGUGUAAUAAAGAGGAAUGACACAGGAAAAAAGUAUUGAACACACUAACUGAAAUUUAUUGAAUACUUACUGUAGUGGAGAAGCCUUUGUUUGUAAUGAUAGCUUCAAGACACUCCCUGUAUGAAGAAAUUAAUCGACCGCAAUAUUCAGGUGUGAUUUUGGCCCAUUCUUCUAAACAUAUUGUCUUUAAAUCUUGUUCAAUUGGAUUCAAGUCAGGUGAUCGACUGGGCCAUUCUAAUGCCUUGAUUUUUUUCUCUGAAACCAAUUGAGAGUUUCCUUUGCUGUAUGCUUUAAUCGUUGUCCUGCUGGAAGGUCCACCCACGUCUCAUCUUCAUCAUCUUGGUGGAUGGCAGCAGAUUCUUCUCAAGAAUCUCCCAGUAAAGGGCUCCAUUCAUCAUUCCUUCAAUUAUAUGAAGUCUGCCAGUACCAUGCAAUGAAAAACAGCCCCACAUCAUGAUGCUUCCACCUUCAAACUUCACUGUUGGUUUAGUGUUUUUAGGGUGAUGUGCAUUGCCAUUUCUUCUCCAAACAUGGUGUGUAGUAUGCUCAAUUUUGCUCUCGUCUGACCAGACUCGACUCUCCCAGUAUUUCAUAGGCUUGUCCAAAUGAGUUGUAGCAAACUUUAAACAAGCUUUGACAUGCCUUUUCUUUAGUAAUGGAGUCUUGCCGGGUGAGCGUGCAUAGAGGCCAUGGCGGUGGAGUGCAAUGCCUAUUGUUUUCUCUGUGACGAUGGUACCUGCUGCCCCCAAGUGUUUCUGGAGCUCUUUCCAAGUGGUCCUGGGCUCUUGGGCUACUCUUCUGACUAUUCUUCUGAAUCAUUGGUCAGUAAUCUUGCAUGUAGCUCCUGUGCGUGGCCGGUUGAUGACGGAGUGAUGUUGCUUCCACUUGCGGGUAACGGCCCCAGUGGUGCUUACUGGAGGAUUCAGAAGUUUUGAAAUAUGUCUGUAUCUGAUUCCAUCAAUAUGUUUCGUAACAAUAAGGGUGCGAAGGUCUUGGGAGAGCUCUUUGCUUUUACCCAUCUUGAAAUGUUUCUUAUGUGACACCUUGGUAAUGAACAGCCUUUUUAUAGACCAUCAAAUUACUAACCCAGCUGAUAUUAAUUUGAACAGAUAGGAGGUAUAAUUACUUUCUAACUACUUAUGGAUUUCAGCUGAUUCCUUGCCUUGGAGAACUGCUUUUUCUUAGUGUUUAAUACUUUUUUCUUGUCACAUUCCACUUUAUUCCACACAACUUAAUUUAUAGACUUUAAUGUUUUGAUUUCUUUAUCCUGAGUUAAUACUGAUGUCUGGUGAAAAUUUAAUGUGAAUAACCUCAUUGGAAAUAUAUUUACUGAAAAAAAAUGUUGGCACAUUCAAUAUUUAUUUCCCCCACUGUGUGUGUGUGUGUGAUCUGAUCUACCCUUCCGGUAAAAAGUUUAGACACACACAUUAUUAUUUUCCCCACAUUUUAGAAUAAUAAUAAAGUCAUUAAAACUCUGGAAUAAUACAAAUGAAACUAUGGGAAUUAGGUUGUGAUAAAAAAUCCAAAAUAAAUCAAAAUAAUUUAGUAUUUUAGCAUCUUUAAAGUGGACACCCCUUUUUGCCUAGAAUGUAUCCUUGGCAUUUUCUCAACUAAUUUCUUGAGGAAUCCCCCUGAGAUGCAACAGUAAACAGUUUUAAACAGUAUUAAAAGAGUUCCUACUUAUGCUGGACACUUAUUGGCUACUUUUCGGAAUAUUUCGCUCCAAGUCACCCGUUUAAAAAAAAUAUUUUAGUUUAUAAUAUAAAAUUAAAAUAAAAUGUUAGUUUUCUAAUGAAAGAAAUGAAUAUGUUGGCACAAUUACAUUUUUGGCUACAACACCGAUUUCAAACAUUUAAUCAUACACCUUUAGAUCAAAAGAUUUUAAAGAUCAUGAGAAACAUUCAAGUGUAUCCAAACUUUUGACUGGUAGUGUACAUAAUGUUGUAGGACAUUCAUACUUCUUGUUAAUACUUAUAACAGCUACAAAUGGUCACUCUUCUUACAAUACAAAAAUUCUUUCAUAAAUGACAAAAAAAAUAAAAGUUACUAUAGAAACAAUGGCAUAUUAAUGAUUUAUACAACAGUGCUGUUGAGUUCUCAAAUCUGAAUGGUCAGAAGGUGCUGAUUAAUUUUCUACAAAAACAAGACAAAAGUGCCAGCUGCAAGGCAAAUGACAAGUUUAUGACUUGUUUCACAAGUUCCACAACAUUAAAUGUAAAUAUAAAACAAUUUAAAAUGUAUGAUGUGUCAUUCUUUAAUAAAUAAAAAAUAAUAAUCACUGGAAAAUUGGUGUGUUAUAAAAUGAAUAAAAACACAUUUGAUGUGCUGUUAUUGGAAAACAAUCAGCUCCAGGGUGGUAACAGCCCUCUGUUUCACAUAAAGCUGCAUCAGACCAUACCUAUAACAGCACUUACAGUCAUGUUUUAUUCCACUCUUAAAAGUGUAUGUUGUAAAUGUCUCAAAUAAACACACAAUUUUUUCAACUUCUUUCAUGAUUUACUUUUACACAUCACAUGAUUUUAUUACACAGUAUAGAGUGACAUUACAAAUAUUUAUAUCCACUUGAAAAAAAUAUUUAAAGUUGAAAAUAAUUGAAACAACAUGGUGAAGAUUUCUUUAUCUUGACUUUAGAAGGAUAUGUAACCAUGUUUCUAUGACUGAAUGGAGAGUGGUUACGUUGGAAAAUAGUGACGUAUUCCCAUUUUCCCAUAUUUGUGGCCAAAUGCCAUUAGCAAAGUUGACCUCAUAUUGAACCCAUGCUAGCCUAUAAAAGGUCCUCGCUACAUCAGCCCCAUCCUCCAGCCAUUCUGGUCACCCAAAGGGACCAGGUGGCCUGGUGGUACUGCACUCAAAACUUGCAGAUCCACAGUUACAUACAUAAACUUCUGUUCUACUACCGUUCAUUCCAGAGCACCAGAGUUUCCUUCUGAGCGACACUUAUCUUAGUGCUGCCCAGAAAGGAGACAUGCUGUGCAUCAAAUGGUAUUUAAUGGAAGAAGGUACGUCUUGACCUGUGUUCAAGUAUGCCUGUGCAAUCACAUUAUUUACCCAAUAGGUUAAGCUUUAGACAGCAGAGCCAAACAAAGUUCAGUGUCCUGUCGAGUAUGUUGUCUGUGAAGAACAAAAAAAAAAGCGUUUUCCAAUUAUUGGACGUUUUCAAACCGUUUUUUUUUUUAACCACUUUACCUGAUUUGUUAAAUAACCCAAACCCUAACCGUAGUUGAUUGGAUGGUUGAACAACGCCUAUCCAGUCUGAUGAUGCCCACUGAUUGGAAAAUGUCAAUUUAUGUUCCACAGAGACCUAUACUUGGACCUGCCAGCUAGAACUGCCAAAAUAUAGUGUCACCCUGAUUAUAACAGUUAUGAGUGACGAUACCGGUAUGAAAUUUUAUACCGGUUUAUAGGGGGAAACAAUAUGAAUGAAACUUACUUAAUAAUAACAGUUCCUAUAUCAAUAUCCUAACAAAUAGAACAGCCUUAAAUAAUGUAUAGUCGCCUAAUGAAGAGUUUGCAACUCAUGAUAAAUUUAAUUAAAUGAACGCAUUGAAAGUUAUUUACUGAUGCAGCAUAGCACGCACACUGACAGAAGACAUUACAUUUAACUGACAGGAACAACUACGCGAGGUCAGAGGGGCAGCACAAAAUUAAAAUAUUGAAAACAAGUAUGGAGCCAUCUGCAGAAAUUGCACGAAAAACAUUUCAGCAAGAGGAGGGAACACGUCAAAUUUAUUUGCACACCUUUGCAUUCAUCACUCAUAGCUGAAACAGCUAAGGUGAGAGGUGAUAAAACACCAACAUUAAGCAUGUAACAACCCACAAUUACCCCAUAGCACCAUCUAGCGUCCAACUAGGGCUAAUACCAGUAUUAUAGGUUUGAAAUAGGGAUACCGUACAGGUGUGAAAAUUAUGAUAUCAUGGCAAGUCAACUGCCAGCUUGCUGUCACUUUCACAUACCACUUAAAAGCCCUCACAGGACAUAGGACUAGGUUUGGCACAUUCUCACGUGCAUGAUAAGGCUAAUAUAAUAAUGACAGG